UUGUGCCGUCCGCCAUCUGCAUCUGUUAUUGCCCAAUUAAAUCCUGCUCGUAUCUACAUUGAUCGACUACUUCAUCGGUCCGCAUUCGCUACGAUUGAUUUGGAUAAAUUUUUCUCCAGUCUCCGCGUCACUAAGCGUGCUGUCGCCCAUGGCUUAUAA